AGACAAACCAUCGGCGAACCCUUAUUCUUCUUCAGAGACGACGAAGUUCCCUACGGCUUUCUCUGUCAAUGGUACCGAUGCCGAUAUACAGAUCCGGAUUCGGGCCUCGAGUUCAGCAGUGCAGAACAAUGGAUGAUGUGGAACAAGGCCCAGCUCGCAGGUGACGAGGUCUCCGCCAAAGCAAUCAUGUCGACGACUUCGCCUCGCAGACAAAAACAACUCGGCCGUGAUGUUUCCAACUUUGAUGUGCAAGCUUGGGAUAGAAUCAAGCUGCAAGUGGUGGAAAAAGGCAAUUACCUGAAGUUUACACAGGGGAAGAAUUUGGUGUCGAUGAAGAUGGACAAUGAAGGAGAGCCAGUGUCUCUCAAGGGUUUGUUGCUUGCCACGGAAGAGCGAGAGUUGGUGGAGGCGUCUCCGUUUGAUAGGGUUUGGGGUAUUGGGUUUGAUGCACAGCAAGCCUUGGUGACUCCACGGCAGAAAUGGGGGCAGAGUCUGUUAGGGACUGCGUUGAUGAAUGUUAGGGAGAAUAUCAGAAGAGAAGAA